UUUGUCUUCAUACACUUUUGUAUUUUCCAUCUCUCAUCCUUCAGAAAUGUCAAGCAGAGAAUAACCUAAGAAGAAACUCAAGUACACUCCAAUUAGUCCACUUUUGAAUUUACGUACAACCAAACCAAAGAGAUCAAGAAAGUGUCGUAAGAAGGAUGGCACACUAUAUUGAGAUUACCCCAAUAGAUGAUCAUCAGACUGCACAAAUUCGUCAAAUUACAUCAAAUGAGAUACAAGAACGGAGGACAGUGGAUCAUUUAAUCGAGAUGGAGCAAAUAGACGGUGAAGAUCGAUCAUGCUUACAAACCAAUAUUAAAAUCUUUGAUGAAAUGUUUAAGGAAUUGGACAAUUUGUCUAUUUUGUGUACCAUAUUCAAAGUAAACGUGGGACUACGUGAAUUAAAUCCAGAUGCUUAUACACCAAAGAUGGUCUCUAUUGGUCCUUACCAUGAAAAAAAUCCUCGACUUCGUCCAAUGGAAAAGUACAAAUUAUUGUACCUACGACGGUUUCUCCAACGAAAAGAGGGGCUUGACGUGGGAAGUUGCAUGAGUGAAUUGGAGAAACUGAAGGCAGAAGCACUACAGUGUUAUGACAAUACAGUAGACCACUAUAAUGACACUACUCCCGCUGAUCAAUUUUUGCGUAUGUUGUUGCUUGAUGGUUGUUUUGUGGUUGAGUUUAUUAGAGAAAUUGGAAUGGGUCGAGAAAGAGAACACGAUAUUAUCAAUGUUGAUUUCAUGGUUAAUCCAAUACUUCGAGACUUGCUGUUACUAGAAAACCAACUUCCUUUCUUUGUUCUCGCCAUGCUUCAUGACAUGACAAAGCAAGCUAAUGAAUUUCCAUUGACACGACUGGUGCAGUUUGCCUUUGUUGAUAUAUUACCAAAAGUAACCCUUGCAUUCCUAGAAGAAUCAGACCAGGCAGAAAAUUUCAAACAUUUACUUCAUAUAGUACACACGUCAUGUCACCCUUUAGCAAGUAAAAGUACUAGCAGGCUAACUGGGGAAAGUUCAAGUAACAUCUCACGGUGCAAUCUUUUGCAAGCAAUUAGGUCGAAAGAAAAGUCAAAAGCUAAGGAAGCUCGAGAUAGCUUCAUAAAGUGGCAUAAGGUCAUACCAAAUGCAACAGAGCUUUCCGAAGCUGGAGUUAGCUUCGUAAAAGUCGGAUUUAUUUAUCCUGCGAUGGACGAAGACAGUACUAAGGAUAGCACAAGUUUAUUUGAUAUAGAGUUCGAGAAUGGAGUGAUGAAAAUCCCUAGUUUUCAUGUCAAUGGUUUUACGGAAACCUUCCUGCGAAAUCUCAUUGCUUACGAGCAACAGAUAUCUGAUGCAGAUUCAAGAUAUUUCACUGAUUUUGCAAUUUUCAUGGGUUAUCUUAUCAACUCGGACAAAGAUGUGAGUUUGCUGUGCCAGAAUAGAAUCAUUAGGAACAAGUUAGGAGAGGACAGACAAGUGGCUGGCCUCUUCAACAGACUUGCGAAAGAGUUCGGCAAUCUUAACGGAGACUUUCAUUACAUCGAAGUAAGCAGCAAAGCAGUUCAACAUUAUCUAAAACCAUAUAGCCAACUGAGGACAAGUUAUUUGGUGCGCAAUUAUUUUAAUACUCCUUGGACAGGAGCUUCAACUGUGGCAGCCAUCUUACUCCUCAUACUCUCAAUUAUGCAAACCGUUCUAGCUUUCACAGGUAGUGUUAAGAAGUAGUCAUUCCAAU